AUGCCACCAACGCAACAGGAGCUUUCGCUUCUCAUCCACCCUCUUGUUCCCGAGUCUGUUCAACACAACAACCGCGUCCUAUCACAGCUCCGCUCACUCACAGCUUUUUUGCUAGGCAUCACUGCCGGCAUUCUCGGCUUGCAAUCAGCAUCGGGCUUCACAUUUUAUUUUGUUGGUACAAUAUUCGUUUCCGGACUCGUUCAGAUACUGUUAAUUGGGACAAACUCUCCCUCCGGUGGGGCUGAAGACAAUAUCGGAGCGUACUUUCCGGGUGCCAGCGGUGGUGAGGUAGAGGGCAUUGACGGCACUGGUAAAAUCCACGCUGGAUCUAGUGGGGGGAAGAGGGCAAUUAAUCGAAAGGGUGCUUGGAGGGAUAUUUGGCUUGGUGGGGGGGUUAUGGGAGAGGCCUUGAGUGGGUUUAUACUGGGAUGGGCUGGUGUGGGAGGCGUGUUGAGGUAG